AAACGUGGUUCACGCCGCACUAAGCCGAAACAAUUGGAUGCUGGAAGACUGUUAGAUUUUGGGGGGCGGUUUUGAGAUUUCACCCAAGGCGUGUAGCUCGAGCUUCACCUUCCGCUAUUCACGAACUCAUGAAUAUGAAUUAAGUGGAAGAUUUAAAGAAAAACGUCGUGGCAGUUCUUUGGGAUUCAACAGCCAGUCCUGAGCCAGAAGAGUAAAAAGCCACAUCGGGCGACAGACUAUUCGUUUGAGACAACCUUCCGCUGCGUUUUUGUAUUGCAUUUCAUAACUCUCCGGUUGAGUCAGCAUGGCCUUGAGAGGACCGCUGUCUAGAUUAUUGAGAUUCACGUUGAGUUCCUGCCAACAGAACCGAUCGCAUUCUGUUGCUGUUUUGGGAGCUCCGUUUUCCAAAGGACAGAAAAGGAGAGGGGUGGAGCAUGGACCCAAAGCCAUCCGGGAUGCGGGUUUGGUGGAGAGACUUUCAAAUCUGGGUAAGUACAUCAUUAGUAUUAUCUAUAGAGAAAGAAAAAACAGCAUCACUACUUUUAUUUUACUAGCCAAUUUGAUCUUAUUGCUCUCUCACAGUAUAAUCCUGAAGACCCUGGGAAUCCAAUAUUUCUCCAUGCGGGAUAUUGACAGAAUGGGCAUUCAGAGGGUAAUGGAGGUCACUUUGGAUCACCUCUUGGCAAGGAAACAAAGGCCGAUCCAUCUGAGCUUUGACAUCGAUGCAUUUGACCCGUCCCUGGCUCCUGCCACUGGAACUCCCGUUAAUGGAGGAUUGACCUAUAGAGAGGGCAUCUACGUAACAGAGGAGAUCCAUAACACAGGUUUACUCUCUGUGAUGGAUGUGGUUGAAGUGAACCCCACACUAGGUGCGACACCUGAGGCUUUGGAGGCCACAACUAGCCUAGCCGUUGAUAUCAUCGCAUCUGCUCUCGGUCAGACACGUGAAGGUGCACACAUCACCUUCCCGAAGAUUCCAGAACCAAAAGAGGACACCGAACUGCGGCUUUAGAGCAUCAGAUAAUCAUCGAGGACUUUGAAAAACCAAGCACUUUGCAUUCCAAAGUCUAAAAGAAUGACACUUAAGGGUUUGCAGAGACUGAGCACCAGGCUAAAGAUUUCAUUUGAAGGUUACUGUAGUCUUGGUAAAAAAAAAAAAA